AUGUCAAAAUUGUGGGUUGCUUUGAAGAUUGCAACUACAUGGGUAAUGCUGAUCAAUGGCAAUGGUGAUAACAAAAUAGCUGCUCCGCCAUCAGUUGAUUGCUCCGCUGUAAUCUAUGAGCUAUUUGAUUGCAUUUCGUUUCUGAGCGAUGGAAGCACAGUGAUGAAGCCUACAACUGACUGUUGUAAUGGAUAUCAGACAGUGAUCGCUGUUGAUCCAAGAUGUAUUUGUUUCGCUAUUAAGAGUAGUGGGGAUUUGGGUAUUCAACUUAAUAUCACCAAAGCCAUGACUCUUCCUUCUGCUUGUGGAUUUCCUGCUCCUCCUGUUGAUUGUGGCACAUCCCUACCUCCUUUAGAUUCUGGUCCACUCACAUCUCCAUCUCCAUCUCCAUCGAUGCUGCCUCCUUCGAAUGAUAAGCCAACACCAUCACCAUCUAAUGAUGAGCCAUCAGAUGGUGGAGAUGAUGAUGAAGAAUCGCCAGCAAAAGCCCCCGCAGAGAAUGAUGAUCAGGAGGGAGGAAGCAGUGAAGCUCCGGCACCAUCACCGUCAAUAGAAAAUGGAGGAAUAUAUUCAACUUCUGUCUCUUUAGUUGCGGUUAUUAGCAUGAUUGUGGCUUCAGUCUCUUCUGUUCACUUGUUUGGUUAG